ACUAGGAGGCAGACAGAGAUUGCAUUGAUACCUUGUGUGCGGAGCUCCUAGACAGAGGCUGCUUAUUGUAACCCAGGCUGACCCCGUUAAAAACUAACCGGUUUCCUGCCUUCCUCUCAAUAUGAACUGGCUUUGUGCGUUUGCAUUCAGGACAGUGAGCUUACAAAGUGCGCAGAUGGUCUUGUCUCGGUAGCUAUCGCUAGCUCUGCAAAGCUGCUAUCAGUGGUCCGCUCCAGCUGUAUCAUUCACAGCACAGACACGCUUUAAUUUGCUAAGAGUAGGCAUCAUGAAUCUGUUUCGUCUGGUGUGCCGCCACAAGACAGCUCUGGUCAUUGGCACAGUUUGCAGUUUUGCUGUGGUGCUUGUCUUCUUGGCAAAAUGCACAUCAGAAACCUUGAAACAGGGUCACCCCGAUCCUCCAGGUCGAGCCCCGCGAGCCAGUGGUUUGCAGCCGCGUCCAGCGCAGCAGAAUCCUCCCUCCACAUCCAAAGACUUGUCAGCAUUCCUCGUGGUCCUCAUCACAACGGGACCAAAGUACACGGAGCGACGUAGUAUUAUCCGCAGUACCUGGCUCGCCAAGCGGGACUCUGAUGUUCUGGCCAUGUUUGUGGUAGGAACACAGGGCCUUUCCAGUGAGGACCUUCAGAAUCUUAACACAGAGCAAGGGCGGCACAAGGACUUACUCUUACUGCCUGAUUUGCGAGAUUCUUACGAGAACUUGACACUCAAACUGCUCCACAUGUACUCCUGGCUGGACCAGAAUGUGGAAUUCACGUUUGUCUUCAAAGCAGAUGAUGACACAUUCGCUCGCUUGGACCUCAUUAAAGAGGAACUGAAGGGGAAAGAGGCCAACCGGUUGUACUGGGGCUUCUUCUCGGGGAGAGGCCGAGUGAAAACGGCGGGGAAGUGGCGCGAAAGCUCGUGGGAGCUGUGUGAUUACUACCUCCCCUACGCGUUGGGAGGUGGCUACGUGCUGUCGGCCGAUCUAGUGCGUUACGUGCAUCUCAAUGCAGGGUACUUCAAGACGUGGCAGAGCGAGGACGUGUCGCUGGGUGCGUGGCUGGCACCAGUAGAUGUCCGGCGGACCCAUGACCCACGCUUUGACACGGAGUAUAAAUCACGUGGGUGCAAUAACAAAUACCUGGUGACGCAUAAGCAGAGCUUGGAGGACAUGUUGGAAAAACAUCAAACUCUGCAGCGCGAUGGCAGGCUCUGCAAGGAGGAAGUCAAGCUGCGACUGUCCUAUGUGUAUGACUGGAGUGUGCCACCCUCACAGUGCUGCCAAAGAAAGGAUGGGAUCCCAUAAUUGUUGUGUUUUCUAAAAGGCUGAAGUUUGCUUUAUAUCUAUUCAUGUCAUCCAAUCAGGAAUGUUAUUGGACUUCUUUCCUCUAAAUCUCCAUUGUUUUUCCCAUUUAAAGUCAUGUAACUGGUACAAGAUAUUAUAUGCAUUGGAGCAUACACACACAACACAACAAGGGUGCCAUUCACUGUUUUUCUUUUACCAGGCUAAAGCAGCUUUAAGAGGUCUAAAACUAUAAUCGGCUUCAUUUCAAUUUUGUGCGGGUUUGACAUGUUAUAGCAGUGGUUGUGGGGUAAAUAUGCGGUUUGGGUGGAGAAAAAAGCCAUGAAAUAAGAGACACAUUUUCACAAAUCUGAAGCUGUGUUUCAAACACUCUUUGAGGGUCCACUUGUUAUUCUCGUCUAAGUUUGACAACUCCAUACCCGCUUGACACGGUGUAAAACCGAAAUCACCCAUUUUAAGCAGAGCUGCAGCUUUUAUUAUGAUGUUCUGUACCAAUUUUACAGCUUGAAAUUGUUUAACUAGAGAACUGCCAAGAGAUACUACCCUUCAAGUGUUUAAUCAGAAGCCAUUUCCAGUCCUCUUUCAUUGUUGAGCUCCUUUAGGUGUUACUGUCAGUGCUUACCGUAUCACCUUUUGGUGGCCUACUUCUCUCCACUGUCUGUGCGUAAUCUUAAUCUGCUGUACCAUUUGCUAAAUAUUUCCCAGUACUAUGAGGUAUGUUUCAAGUUUAUUUCAAUGUAGAAGAUAGUACAAAGAAAGACAGAUUGUUAACCCUGCUAUUGAUGUCUACUUUUUUGUGAAAGCAAAUUUUUUUGUAUUUUAUUUAUUGUUAAUUUAUUCUGCAGCAAACACAACACACUUGUAUUGAUUCCGGACAGACGUGCAGUUGGUGUGGCUGUAUUUAAAGUUUGUAUUUAAAAUAUAUUGGAGAAAAUUCACAUAAAUCAUGGUUGAGAAAUGUUGACUUUUUAAAUGCAAUGCUUUUGUUUACCAUUUAUGGCACACAAGGUUUCACGUUGUUUAUUUUUUAUUUUUUCCUUAUACUGGAACCUGUGUGAGAAGUUUGCGAUGGUACUUACAUUUCUGACAGCAUUUUACAGUCGAGUUGUGGAUAUUUACUGUACAGAGACAUAAAUGUGAAUGUUUGUUUGCAGCUCAGCACAGAUUCACGAGUGGACUACCAGCAGGCACUUGGUCACUUUUGUUUAAGCAAGAACACUUGUUUUAAUUUCCCUUAAUCGUUAUUCAUCCAUUGUCUGUUUUCUCUGAUGUUAGGCUCUCAAACUGAAACCCGCCUUGUGAUGUCAGUAACCUUUUCCCAAAACUUGUGAAAUCUGUACAACAGCUUUGAUUAAAGAGUAAGAUAUAUUGGAGCACUCUAAGUGAAGAGUGCUGCACAAAGGGCAACAUCCAAGCAAAUUUUUUUUUUUUCCAUUUUAAUGACUGCUGUUACAUCGCAGUGAAUAAUGACAUGACUUUUCUCACUGUUGUCAGUAGCAGUUUUUGAUUCAGUGCAUCUCAAGUUUUCACCACUGUUAUUUUUUUUUUAUAUACAUGGUCAGCCACCCUGGAUGUUUUUAUUAAAAAAUAUAUACAUAUAUUAUUG